GCGAAGGAAAGAGAGCCUCCCCACCCUUUUUUAACACCAGCCACCUUUCUCGUCUCCUUUGCUUCUCCUCCUCCACCUUUCUAAAACAGGCUCACAGCCUCACACACUCCCUCUCCUCUCUCACAGAGUGCUCUCCCGGCCUCUCUUCUCAUGCCCCCAACCUCUGAAGAAGAAAAAUUUUAGUCCCUGUGGUGUAGAAUAAUUGACCCUCUGAGGUGACUAGGCUGAUUGGCUGAAUUGACGUGCUGCUGGUGAUCAUGGAGUCAUGCGUGCCUCCAGGGUUUAGGUUCCACCCCACCGACGAGGAGCUCGUCGGCUACUACCUCCGGAAGAAGGUGGCCUCGCAGAAGAUCGACCUCGACGUCAUCCGCGACGUCGACCUGUACCGCAUCGAGCCAUGGGAUCUCCAAGAGCACUGCAAGAUCGGGUACGAGGAGCAGAGCGACUGGUACUUCUUCAGCUACAAGGACCGCAAGUACCCGACGGGGACGCGGACGAACCGGGCGACGUUGACGGGGUUCUGGAAGGCGACGGGGCGGGACAAGGCGGUGCGCGACAGCAAGCACGGGCACGGCGGCGGGCUCAUCGGCAUGCGGAAGACGCUCGUCUUCUACACCGGGAGGGCGCCCAACGGCCGCAAGACCGACUGGAUCAUGCACGAGUACCGCCUCGAGACCGACGAGAACGCCGCGCCUCAGGCAAGACCUCCCUAGCCCUCAUCCGCUCCUGGGAUU